AGCCCCAGCAGCACACAGCAGGGUGGGGAGUUCACAUGCAGAUACCCGUUGCAUGUCCACAAGAUCACUUAUGCACCAGGACGUACUUUAUAACACAGGUACCAGAAGAUACGUUAUCACAUAGGUACCCGGAGGUACGUUAUAACAUACGCACCCGGACCUACUUUAUAACAUAGGUACCAGGACCUACUUUAUAACAUUGGUAGCAGUGGGGGCAUUAUUGCAGAAGUACCAAACGUGCUUUAUCAGAAGUACCAGGAAUUUAUCACAUUUGUGCUGGAACACCGUACUUUAUUACAGAGGUACGUAAACUUACCUUAUCAGAUUGGUACCACGAGUGCACAGUAUGCACCAGGAGAUAUAGGUUACAGGACUUACUUCAUCAGUUCAAGUGUUCAUCACAUUGGUGCCACGAGUGCACAGUAUGCACCAGGAGAUAUAGGUUAAAGGACUUACUUCAUCAUUUCAAGUGUUUAUCACAUUGGUGCCACGAGUGCACAGUAUGCACCAGGAGGUAUAGGUUACAGGACUUACUUCAUCAUUUCAAGUGUUCAUCACAUUGGUGCCACGAGUGCACAGUAUGCACCAGGAGAUAUAGGUUAAAGGACUUACUUCAUCAUUUCAAGUGUUUAUCACAUUGGUGCCAGGGAUUAUCACAUUCGUACCAGGAGACCAAGUAGAUACCAGGGAUUCAUCAAAUGCUUCACGGAAACCUGAUAUGAUGGAUGCAAGAACACUCAAGGCCAUCUUCAUCGCCCUGAUUCCAAUGCUUGCAGUAGCAGGACAAACUAUGCCAAGUCAGUACGGGCGGGAGUUUGUCGUCAUCUUCACGAAAGGUCUCAACCAGCAAGGAGGAACCCUCAAAUUGAUGAUCGCGGCCCUCACGAACGCUGACGUGACCAUCACCAAUUCCUUAUACAGUAUCAACACUACAUUAUCCAUCCCUGGCGGUGAGUCAAGGACCACUACUCUGACCAACCACAUUGCAAUGGCGGCUUUGCUGGUCAUAGAAAAACGAGGCGUCCUUGUUCAAGCCACCGCGGAGGUCUCUGUCUACGCCUACAACUUCGGUGGUUACUCAUCUUACUGCUUCAACGUCUUGCCCGUCCCUGUCCUUGGUCACCGGCAUUAUCUGGCGUCGUUCGGGUACGUUAAGAAUACAGAUAUACCAACAUUUGGUGUAGUAGCAGCAGAGGAUAAUACGGUUGUGUCAUUCAAGUUCCAGCUCACGUUGAACGGCGAGUGUGGUACAGUUCUUGGCGACCUUCUGGACGAUGGUUAUGUCUACAACAUCACACUUAAUCAGCAUGAAGUGUUUGAAGCCAGCUGCACUGGAGAUCCUACGGGGACUUUGGUAUCAAGCAGCAAACCGUUAGGGGUUGUGUCUGGGCAUCUUGGUAGUUUUGUUCCUGUCAACGUAGGCGGGAGAGACACCUUUGCAGAAAUGAUACCCCCGACGGAUUUGUUUGGCCAAAGGUACGUACUUCAUGGGCCAGGUAGAGAUAGGGAAGCUGUGUUUCGUGUUCUAGCAUCAGAGGAUGACACAAACAUAACCACGUCCGAGGGAGACGUUCACGUUUUGAUGGAAGGACAAUUCUGGGAAGUAGAUCUCGAAUUAAACAGAACCCUGUGCAUACAUGCGUCUGGCCCUGUGAUGGUCUUGAUGUACGGGAAGGGGGCUACAGGAGGGCCCAGCAACCUAGGAGACCCCUUCAUGAUUGUUGUACCCCCUGUUGAAAGAUUUACCGAGGGUUUCACCACGGACCUUUCGGUUUUGGAUGGAAAGAACUUUAAGACACAUGUGACUUUGGUCGUGAAGACAGCCUAUGCAGACACACUGCCAGCGGAUUAUGACACCGAUGGUGUGCCAUCAUGUCGGUAUUCGGUUGCAAGGGGAUCUGUGACCGCUGGGACGCUGAGCUUUGGCCUUGGGCCCGGAAUUCCCUAUGCAGCAUUGGUGUACUCCUAUUCUCAUUUUGAAGGGAAUGGCAUGUCCAUGGGAAUUGCUAGACAGGCCAAUGGCUUGUGGCGUGAGUGUCCUGAGAACCUGUGUUUGAACAAUGGGACGUGUACUGAUGAUAUCUUUAACUACACCUGUACCUGUCUGCCUGGCUUUACGGGGAUGCUGUGUGAAGAAAUUCUUAACGUAACAGUUUCAUCGUCAAUCAUUACAUCAGUUACAGUGGACACGUCACUAGUAACGCUUGAAACGUCAUCACUUACAGUGGACACGUCACUAGUAACGCUUGAAACGUCAUCACUUACAGUGGACACGUCACUAGUAACGCUUGAAACGUCAUCACUUACAGUGGACACGUCACUAGUAACGCUUGAAACGUCAUCACUUACAGUGGACACGUCACUAGUAACGCUUGAAACGUCAUCACUUACCAUGGAUACGUCGUCAGUCACGAUGGAAACGUCAUCAGUCCCAAUGGAUACGUCAUCACUCACGAUGUAUACGUCAUCACUCACGCUCGAUACGUCACCAAUCUUGUGGGGAACGUCAUCAAUAACGAUACAAACGUCAUCAGUCCUGUGGGAUUCGUCAUCGACCACGUUCAACAGUAACAGUAAGUUGUCGCCAUCACCGACCUUGCUAGCUACAAGUACAACCUCCGGAAAUAGCAUCACAACUCACAAGGCCGACCUUGCAACAAUUUCUACACCGGCAAGCAUUUUAAUGUCAACAGCAAACAGUCACUCAACUUCUACAGGUGUCAGUUUAACUGGAACGACGUCAUUAAGCACCGUCGUCCCUCCAACAGCGGUGCCUACGGUGUGUAUGUGCAGGUGUUCAUUGAACGUUACAACGGAGGAAAUUGAACGUUUAAAAAGGGAUAUCCAGUUAGCUCUAUACAUUGAUAAAAGCGUGUUAUCAAAGACAAUUAGACGUUUAAUAAGCGUGCCUGACCCCCGAAGAUCUGCUACAUCUAUUGGGGCAGCUGGGAUCGCAGUCAUCGUUUCAACGAUCGGUUUCUUCAUCCUGACUGACGUUGUCCAGAUGUGCAGGGAUCUAUUUUACGGGCCCAUGCGUGGUACAUGACGCCAGCAAGUGGGAAAAGAACUAUUUUUUUUUAAAUCAAACGAGCCUCAUCUAUGGGUCAUGUAUGACAUGAUAUGAUAAAACAAACGUAAAAAAUAAGACAAUGGCAAAACACAUACCCAGAGAGGCAGAGAAAACACUCAUAUAUAUUUUUUCUAUUGCAAUAUACCCUUUUCUGAAAAAAACAUUGCUUUAAAACUGACCAGAAUAGUAUAUACUGAAGAACCAAAAAGUUAGGGAUCAUGAAUUUUGGCAUUCGUGACCAACUCGUGUUAUUCCGGGACAAGCCGAAUAGCGACUCGUGCCCCUCUCGUGGCCAUUUUAGUGACCGGGUUCCGUCUUAGCGCAAAC